ACGGCAUCUCAACUUUCAAUAGAAGCUCUCAACUCCAAUAAAUUUACCAGAAACUUACCUAUUCAACUCCAGAGCUGGUAAAAAUGGCUUACCAACCCCCGACCCAAAUUUUUGCGGACGAUGUCACUGAGGAGAAGGGAGAGAAUGCACGACUAUCAGCGUUCGUUGGUGCUAUUGCUGUGGGAGACCUGGUGAAGAGCACAUUGGGGCCCAAAGGCAUGGACAAGAUCCUACAGUCCGCGUCCACUGGAGAAAUCAUGGUCACAAACGACGGAGCUACGAUCCUGAAAUCCAUCGCACUCGACAAUGCCGCGGCGAAAGUUCUCGUCAACAUUUCAAAAGUCCAGGACGAUGAGGUUGGUGACGGCACAACAUCAGUCGCCGUUUUGGCCGCGGAACUCCUACGAGGAGCGGAACAGCUGGUGAACCAGAAGAUACACCCUCAGACCAUCAUCGAAGGGUACAGAAUAGCCAGCCAUGCUGCGCUCCAAGCGCUGGAAAGCACGGCGGUCAACAAUAGCAACGAUCCGGAGAAGUUCAGGAGAGACCUGGUUGCUAUCGGGAGCACGACAUUGAGCUCGAAGGUACUGAAUCAGGAUCGGGACCAGUUUGCAAACCUGGCCGUCGAUGCUGUGCUACGAAUGAAAGGCUCAACCGACCUGUCACACAUCCAGAUCAUCAAGAAGGCUGGAGGCAAACUGAAGGAUUCAUACCUCGAGGAAGGCUUCAUCCUAGACAAGAAGUUCGGCGUCAACCAGCCACGGAGAAUCGAGAAUGCCAAGAUCCUCAUUUCGAAUACGUCUAUGGACACUGACAAGGUCAAGAUCUUCGGUGCCCGACUCAAGGUCGACUCGACCGGCAAGCUCGCCGAGCUCGAGAAGGCCGAACGAGAAAAGAUGCGCCAGAAGGUCGACCGCAUCAAGGCCCACGGCAUCAACUGCUUCGUCAACCGGCAGCUCAUUUACAACUGGCCCGAGCAGCUCUUCGCCGACGUCGGUAUCUCCUCUAUCGAGCACGCUGACUUCGACGGCGUCGAGCGGCUCGCCCUCGUUACCGGCGGCGAGAUCACCUCCACCUUCGACCACCCGGAGGCCGUCAAGCUUGGCCACUGCGACCUUAUCGACGAAGUCAUCAUCGGCGAAGACCGCCUGAUCCGCUUCUCCGGCGUCGCCGCCGGGCGCGCCUGCACGAUCGUGCUGCGCGGCGCCACUGAGCAGCUGCUCGACGAAGCGGAGCGAUCACUGCACGAUGCGCUGGCGGUACUGUCUCAGACGGUCAAGGAGCCGCGGGUGACGCUCGGCGGCGGUAGCGCGGAGAUGGUGAUGGCGAAGGCGGUGGACCACGCGGCGCAGAACGUGGCGGGGAAGAAGGCGUUGGCGGUGGAUGCGUUUGCGAAGGCGCUGAGGCAGCUGCCGACGAUCCUGGCGGAUAAUGCGGGGUACGAUUCGAGCGAUCUGAUCGCGCGAUUGAGGAAGGCGGUGUACGCGGGCAUGACGAGCUCCGGGUUGGAUAUGUUCUCGCCGGGCGGCGGGAUUGCGGAUAUGCGGGAGCUGGGCGUUAUUGAGAGCUACAAGCUGAAGCGUGCGGUGGUCUCAUCCGCUUCGGAAGCGGCGGAGCUCCUACUGAGGGUCGAUAACAUCAUCAAGAGCGCUCCUCGGAGACGCGAGCGGAUGUAAAUUUGGGCAUGGAGUUCAUAGGAUCUGCAUAUACCCGGCGCACGAGCUUAUAGAUAGCAUGUGUACUCGAUCCCGCAAGACAAUUCAUGCUCUCUAGUCAUCCUUAGGCACUAGAAAUUACUCGGAUCCGUGUAGAUCUUACGAUUGGGUUGCUAGUAUACAUUGAAGUAAUUGUGGAAGUGUGAUUUU